UGGGCAGCUCCGUGCUGGGUCUGGGUCCUCCCGGGGAGCAGGCGCCGGCCGUGUGCGUCACCGGCAACGCCGUGUCCCUUCGCUGCGGCACCGCGCUCGUUAGACCUGCGCUCUCCAUGUCCUUUCCCCGGUGUGCCCUGCUGUGGGCUCGGCUCCCGGCGGGGCGCCGCGCCGGACACCGGGCGGCCGUCUGCUCCGCCCUCCGCGCUCACCGCGGGCCCGUCCCCGGGCCUCUGGGGCGCACCCCCGCCGUUGCCUCCGCCUCCUCUUCUGCGUCCGGAGGUUCCAAAGCCCCCAACACAUCCCUGUUUGUGCCGCUGACGGUGAAACCUCAGGGCCCCAGCGCGGAUGGCGACGUGGGGGCCGAGCUCACCCGGCCCCUGGACAAGAAUGAAGUAAAGAAGAUCUUAGACCAGUUUUAUAAGAGGAAAGAAAUUCAGAAACUGGGUGCUGAUUAUGGACUCGAUGCUCGUCUCUUCCAUCAAGCUUUCAUAAGCUUUAGAAAUUAUAUCCUGCAGUCUCAUUCCUUGGAUGUGGACAUUCACAUUAUUUUGAAUGAUAUUUGCUUCAGUGCAGCUCAUGUGGAUGAUUUAUUUCCAUUUUUCUUGAGACAUGCAAAACAGAUAUUUCCUGUGUUGGAAUGUAAGGAUGAUCUACGUAAAAUCAGUGACUUAAGAAUACCACCUAAUUGGUACCCAGAAGCCAGAGCCAUACAGCGGAAGGUAAUAUUCCAUUCAGGCCCCACAAACAGUGGAAAGACUUACCAUGCAAUCCAGAAAUACUUGUCAGCAAAAUCUGGAGUGUAUUGUGGUCCUUUAAAAUUACUGGCACAUGAGAUCUUCGAAAAGAGUAAUGCUGAGGGUGUGCCAUGUGACUUGGUAACAGGUGAAGAGCGCGUGUCAGUAGAGCCAAAUGGGAAACAGGCUGCCCAUGUUGCUUGUACUGUUGAGAUGUGCAGUGUUACAACUCCUUAUGAAGUGGCUGUGAUUGAUGAAAUUCAAAUGAUUAAAGACCCAGCCAGAGGAUGGGCCUGGACCAGAGCACUUCUAGGACUGUGUGCUGAAGAGGUUCAUUUAUGUGGAGAAGCUGCUGCUAUUGACCUGGUUACUGAGCUUUUGUACACGACUGGGGAGGAAGUGGAGGUUCGAAACUAUACAAGGCUUACACCCAUUUCUGUGCUGGAUCAUGCAUUAGAAUCUUUAGACAACCUUCGGCCUGGGGACUGCAUUGUCUGUUUUAGCAAGAAUGAUAUUUAUUCUGUGAGUCGACAGAUUGAAAUUCGGGGAUUGGAAUCAGCUGUUAUAUAUGGCAGUCUCCCACCUGGGACCAAACUUGCUCAAGCAAAAAAGUUUAAUGAUCCUGAUGAUCCAUGCAAAGUCCUGGUUGCUACAGAUGCAAUUGGCAUGGGACUUAAUUUGAGCAUAAGAAGAAUUAUUUUUUAUUCCCUUAUAAAGCCCAGUAUCAAUGAAAAGGGAGAGAAGGAACUAGAACCAAUCACCACUUCUCAAGCCUUACAGAUUGCUGGCAGAGCUGGUAGAUUCAGUUCGAAAUAUAAAGAAGGAGAGGUUACAACAAUGAAUCGAGAAGACCUCCGUUUAUUAAAGGAGAUUUUGAAUAAGCCUGUCGAGCCUAUAAAGGCAGCUGGUCUUCAUCCAACUGCUGAACAGAUUGAAAUGUUUGCCUACCAUCUGCCUGAUACAACACUGUCCAAUCUCAUUGAUAUUUUUGUAGACUUUUCCCAAGUUGAUGGGCAGUAUUUUGUCUGCAAUCUGGAUGAUUUUAAGUUUUCUGCAGAGUUGACGCAGCAUAUUCCAUUAAGCCUGCGAGUAAGGUACGUGUUCUGCACAGCCCCUAUCAACAAGAAGCAGCCUUUCGUCUGCUCGUCACUGUUACAGUUUGCCAGGCAGUAUAGCAGGAACGAGCCCUUGACCUUUGCAUGGUUACGCCGAUAUAUUAAAUGGCCAUUACAUCCACCUAAUAAUAUUAAAGACCUCAUGGAUCUUGAAGCUGUCCAUGAUGUCUUGGAUCUUUACCUGUGGCUAAGCUAUCGGUUUAUAGAUAUGUUUCCAGAUGCCAGCCUUGUUCGAGACCUGCAGAAAGAGCUAGAUGGCAUUAUCCAAGAGGGUGUACACAACAUCACCAAACUGAUUAAAAUUUCAGAGGCACAAAGGCUGUUGAAUUUGGACAAUGUGUCAGCAGACAGCCGGUCUCGUUUGCCAGGAACAUUGAAGAGCCAAGCAAGAAGGAUGCGCGGUACCAAAACUUUAGGAUAUAAAGCCGCUGAGCCACCCUGCCCCAGUGCGGAAGAGAAAUCCCUUGCUUCCAGGUUGGUGCAGCAAGGACUCCUCACUGCAGACAUGCUGAAACAGCUGGAGAAGGAGUGGCUGACACAGCGGACUGGGCACGGCAGAGACAGGACAGAGCCUGGGACUUCCUCCAAAGGGUCAAGAAGAAAGAAGAAGGAACCUGAUUCAGAUUAGUUUUCUCACAGGUUUGGAAGUCCUCUUUGGAUUAUUGUGAAUUCAGUUGAACAUCAACACGGAGCAUGGACUGAGACUUGGAUGCUAAGCUCAGUUCUGUUGGUACAGAUCUGGCUAAUUUAGUAAGAUGUGGUUAGUACAGAUCUGGUUAGGAAUAAAAUCAAUGACUUGUAAUGCUUUGUACAUUUUAUUUGUGGAUGAGUGUAAAUCUACAAAAUGAAAUUGGGUCUUUUGAAAAAUGCCUAUUGUGAAUCAUCACAAAUCACCAAAGUCUGAUACAGCUCAGAACUGGGAGUCUGUAAUUAAGAUGCAAUCAUUCUAUGUGUAUCCAACACAAAUCAACCUAUUAGGAUAUGAUGAAAAGCUGUGGUUUGCUGAAAGACAAGCAAAUGAUAAAUGAAUUAGGUUAUUUCACUUCUCGAUUUUUAAAGCUAUAAAAUACAUAAACUUGAACAUAGAUAGCGGUUAUCAACAUGCUUCUGAGUUGUCGCUGUUCUCUAAAAGCCUGUCACUUAACAUAGUGGGACAGUCCCACAUACAUGAUAAACGGAAGUUGUCUUUAUGUGCAAAAAAAUGCUAGAGAAGAAAAUACAGUUCUUGAAGUAGGAUUGACCUUUGAAGACUUGACUUCAUAAAGUUACUUUUGGCAAAUUUUGGUAGAGGAGAUGAUUUUGAACUUGUUCCUUUAACAAGUUCUAUCUAUCCAAAAGUUUUUAUUAGGUGCUCUCACCCAGUCCACGCCCUAGAAAGCCCCUGGUGCUUGUGAGGCAUGGGAAAGGCUUGUGACCUAGUGACUACUUUGACCUGCCAUUCGACACCUGUGAAGUGCAGUGAACUUGAGGAUCCCCUGCUGGAAAAUGUUCUUUCUUGGGUGCUUGUAAUUAGGUCAAAAUAAUUUUUAGAAAAAUUCCUUAAGUAAUUAUAAAUGUUCAUAAUUCUUUUAAUAGCCAUACUUUAAUUUUCUUAACAUGUUCAUCACUCAUUGUUAUCCUUUAAAAAUUGAUAAAUCAAUAGAUGUUGCUCACAUUCUGUCUAUAAAAGCCCAUCUGCAUAUGAUUAUUUAAAGUAAUGCAUAAUAUAAAUUCAAAACAAAGCUCACUUAGAAGUAAGAACUCUCCUAUACUUCACAUUAAUUUACCUCUAAUCUAUAUAAUAAACCAAAUAGACUUGUCAUUAAAAAAUAUGUAUAUAUAUAUGAUUAAAAAUAUAUAUAUAUUUUAUCCUCACCCAAGGACAUAGUCACUGAUUUUUAGACAAGACAGAAACAUCAAUGUGAGGGAGAAACAUUUGACUGGUUGCCUCUUGUACACUCCCCAACGGGGGAUUGAACCCACAACCUAGGUAUGUGCCCUGAUUGGGAAUCUAGUCUACAGCUUUUUAGUGUACAGGAUGACGCUCCAACCAACCAAGCUACACUGGCUAGGGCAAGUUUAAAUCACUUUUUAAAAACUGACUUUUGUCAAAUGAAUAUAUGUACCCCUUUGAAAACCAGAGACAAACACUUCCAACUCUGUUGUUAUUUAUUUUUUGUUAUUUUUUUUCUAGUAUUUACCUCAUUGACUACAUAUUAUGCAUCUCCUCUGUCCUGAGUCAUCAUUUUAAGACAUUAGCUACUGAUUGCCUACUAUAUAUCAGGUGAGGAUUUAGCUUU